GUGCCAAAACGAAACGCAGAAACGGGUCAAACGCAACCUGCCUAGAGAGGCUGUGGGCUGCUUGGUGUAUGCAGAGCUCAACUGUCAUUUCCAAGGAUGUCCAGAGCUGUGAAGCCCAUUAUCACUGGAACAUUAAAAGACUUACCACCACCCAGGGGUGGACUGACAACUCAUGGGGCCCGCGGGCAAUAGGGAAUCAUGGGGCCUCUGUAUCCUUGCCCAAACUCAAAAAAGCCUAUGAAAAAGGUACCAGGGGUAUCUCAUGGGGCCCCCUACUGACCCCGAGCCCUCGGGCAGUGCCCGAGUUUCCAAAUGGUCAGUUUGCCCCUGCCACC